UGGAGGUCUUGUGACGGCGCAACAUUUAAACUUCAAAAUUGUGAUAAAAUUUACGGAGUAUAGUGAAAAGAUAAAAAUGUCUAUAAAAGAUUUUAUAUAAUUUUUAUAUACAAAUAAAUAAUAUAGUAUUUAGAAAAUUCAAAAUCCUAAGUAUUUAAUAAUAUAAAAAAAAUGAGCAUCGACUUGAGCCAGCCCCGCUACGACCAAAGCUCGUACGCGGGACGAGCCAAACAUUUCCUGCUUCUCACCAACCCCCUGAACGCUUUCGCCUCCACGGAGCAGCUCGAUGAGGCGAAAAAGGUCGUUACAGAAUUUAAGCGGAGUCGACGAAUGCCAGCCGGUUAUGACUUGGACAAGUUGUGGGCGGCCAAGUACUUAUACGACAGCGCGUAUCACCCCGACACCGGCGAGAAGAUGUUCGUCCUCGGCAGAAUGGCUGCGCAGGCGCCGAUGAACACAAUCAUCACCGGGUGUAUGAUUACGUUUUAUAAGACUACUGCGGCGAUCGUGUUUUGGCAAUGGGUAAAUCAAACCUUUAAUGCGCUCGUCAAUUACACCAACCGAGGGGGAGAUGCGCCCAUGAGCAUGACACACCUGCUGGGCUCCUACUGCGCGGCGUGCGGAGGAGCCCUGGGCACGGCUCUCUACCUCAACAGCAAAGUCAAGAACAUGAGCCCGAUCUACUCUCGCCUCGUGCCCUUUGCUGCAGUUUGCGGCGCCAACUUCAUCAACAUUCCUAUGAUGAGGAGCGGGGAGUUAAUGAAUGGCACCCCGGUGUUCACGCCGGACGGUAAGAGAGUCGGGGAGUCGAAGGCCGCGGCGCGGUACGGCAUAAGCCUGGUCAUCGUUUCCAGGAUCUUCAUGGCUCUGCCCGGAAUGACGGUGACCCCGAUCAUAACGAACAUAGCGACGCAGAGGGGCCUCUUCUGCCACUACCCCAAGGCGGUGAUUCCGUUCCAGCUGUUCCUGGUGGGUUUGUGCGUGACCUUCGCGACUCCGCUCUGCUGUGCGAUCUUUGACCAACGCGCUUCCCUCGCCGUCGACAGCCUCGAUACAGAGCUUAAGGAUGUCGUAAAAAAGAAUCACCCCAACGUAAAGCAAGUCUUCUUCAAUAAGGGUCUGUAAACUCCACUCGCCGUGGCCCAUCGGUCCAUCGGCCCAUCGGUCCAUCGGCCCAUCGGCCAAGCAUAAAUGUUUUCGCGAUUGCAUUUAUUACAAAAACCAACUUCAAAGACGCCAUUCCAAAAAAUAAUAAUUUAAUUUUUACACAAUGUUUACUUUAGUUGGACGUGUUAGGUUGUGAUAUAUUUUAUUGUUGUGUGAUCUGAUAAUAAUAAUAUUCCGAGAUAUUGUUAGAUUAAUUUAUUAGGGCUCUCCAUUCCCAUAAAGCAUUUGCUAACCUGGUUUUCUUAGUUUUAUUUCUCCGUUUGACGGAUUUGUUGACUUUGCUAUAAGAGUAUGUUAAAAUGUCAACGGGGAAAAGUCCCAAGGACGACAAUAAUUUUAAAUUAAAAGUAGAAUAAUUUAAAUGUGAACAAAUAAAUUUUAUUUGACAGAGA